GUGCUUAAUAUUUCACUGCCUCAUGCUAUUAGAAGCUGUACAAUGAUACUCUAGAUAUAAGAACAGUGGAGGAGGGGAAAGGAUGGUCAUAUAGCACGGAAGCUAUUUAUUUGUAAAUUAAAUCAAUAGUCUGCUACAGUGGUAUGGAAGCUCCAUUAUGAAAUACUAGAAGGAUUGCAAAACAUCUCUCUCUCUCUCUGACCGAUUCUUCACUGGGAUGUCUAAGGCAAUUUUGGAACAAGUCCCCUCUGAAGAGUUUCUCGGCUGUUUUGAAGAUCCUUCCCACCCCUUACCCCCACCCAGUUUCUAGUUUAGUCUGCACAGCACAGUAUGACUGAGAAUUUCUCAGCUUAUUUUUGUCAGACGGCACUGCUAAUGCUGUUGUUACUGCAGUGCAGUUCGGCUGUGAGUGUGUGCGGUGUGUCAUAGGUACUGUGCAAACUACGUGGGGCUGGCAUGGAUCGCCUUAAAGCUGUCACCCUGUAGCAGUGGAUUAAACCUGAGGUCCUGCACACUAAACUGACUGCUGACAAAUGCAAGCUUCUUCAUCCUGAGUUUCAGCUCUACAUUCCCGUAGAACAAUAGCUGCCGUUAAACAUGAAUGCACUAGAUAAUGAGGAAGGUCGACCAAGCCCUGGAGAUGGAACUCCCAAGGAAAGCAGCCCUUUUAUCAAUAACAGUGACUCUGAACAAGGGAAUAUUUAUGAAGGGAAGAACAUGGCACUGUAUGAGGAGGAAAUGGACAGCAAUCCAAUGGUGUCGUCCUUGCUCAACAAGCUGGCCAACUACACCAAUCUGCCCCAAGGAGUGAAAGAGCAUGAAGAGGAUGACGACAACCGGAAAAAGGAAGUAAAGGCUCCUCGCAUGGGCACUUUUAUUGGUGUGUACCUGCCCUGUUUACAGAACAUACUUGGAGUCAUUCUCUUCCUCCGGAUGACCUGGAUUGUUGGGACUGCUGGAAUACUUGAAACUUUCUGCAUUGUCUUCAUGUGCUGCUCCUGUACUAUGUUGACUGCAAUAUCCAUGAGUGCGAUUGCAACAAAUGGAGUUGUCCCAGCUGGUGGAUCAUAUUAUAUGAUUUCAAGGUCACUAGGUCCAGAGUUUGGAGGUGCAGUUGGACUCUGCUUCUACCUGGGUACAACAUUUGCAGGGGCUAUGUAUAUAUUGGGCACAAUUGAAAUUCUUCUGACUUACAUUGUGCCUAAUGCUGCUAUAUUUAAAUCAGAUGAUCCCAGUGGAGAAGCACAGGCAAUGUUAAACAAUAUGCGAGUUUAUGGUACAUGCUUUGUCACAAUGAUGGCCAUAGUGGUGUUCGUGGGUGUCAAAUACGUGAAUAAAUUGGCACUGGUAUUUUUAUCUUGUGUUGUCCUCUCCAUUCUAGCUACGUAUGCAGGAGUUAUCAAAUCGGCCUUUGACCCUCCAGACUUUCCUGUGUGUCUGCUUGGAAACCGGACUUUAUCAAGACGUGACUUUGAUGUCUGUGCCAAAGUUAUCACUGUGAAUAAUACGACAAUGACAAGCAUGCUGUGGAGUCUGUUCUGCAACAGCACAAACUUUAAUGCAUCCUGUAAUGAGUAUUUUGAGAUCAACAAUGUUACAGAGAUUCAAGGAAUUCCUGGACUUGCCAGUGGAGUUUUCAUGGACAAUCUGUGGAGUUCAUACUCAGCUGAGGGGUCAUUUGUAGAGAGAAUUAAAUCACCUUCUUCUUCUCCAUCCAUUGUUUCCAAAAAAGAGGAUGACCUUCCAUAUGUGUUCACUGACAUUAUGACCUAUUUUACAAUGUUAGUUGGGAUUUAUUUUCCAUCUGUGACAGGUAUCAUGGCUGGUUCUAACAGAUCGGGAGAUCUCCGAGAUGCUCAGAAAUCCAUCCCCACAGGAACAAUAUUGGCAAUUAUAACAACAUCUUUUAUAUAUAUGAGCAGUGUCUUAAUGUUUGGUGCAUGCAUUGAAGGCGUGGUUUUAAGGGACAAGUUUGGAGAAGGAGUCAGUGGGAAUCUGGUGAUUGGAACUUUGGCUUGGCCUUCACCAUGGGUUAUUGUGAUUGGAUCCUUCUUCUCUACAUGUGGCGCUGGCCUGCAGAGUCUAACAGGAGCACCUCGUCUGAUGCAGGCCAUUGCAAGGGAUGGAAUUGUACCUUUCUUACAGGUAUUUGGUCAUGGAAAAGCAAAUGGUGAACCGACUUGGGCAUUGUUACUUACUGCUGGGAUCUGUGAAAUAGGAAUCCUCAUAGCUUCUCUAGAUAAUGUGGCACCUAUUCUUUCAAUGUUUUUCUUGAUGUGCUAUAUGUUUGUAAACCUGGCUUGUGCAGUCCAGACUCUUCUGCGAACACCUAACUGGAGGCCACGCUUCAAAUACUACCACUGGACUCUGUCCUUCCUGGGAAUGAGCUUAUGUCUUGCCUUAAUGUUCAUCAGUUCUUGGUACUAUGCACUCGUAGCUAUGGUCAUUGCAGGAUGCAUCUACAAGUACAUUGAAUAUCGUGGUGCUGAAAAAGAAUGGGGAGAUGGAAUUCGUGGUCUGUCCUUGAAUGCAGCCCGUUAUGCAUUGCUUCGAGUAGAGGCAGGCCCGCCUCAUACCAAAAAUUGGCGCCCUCAGUGCUUGGUACUACUAAAUCUUGAUUCAGAAAACAAUGUGAAGCACCCUAGACUGCUGUCUCUCACCACACAGCUUAAGGCUGGGAAAGGGCUUACUAUAGUUGGUUCUGCAAUAGAAGGAACAUACCUGGACAAAAAUGCUGAUGCACAGAAUGUGGAAAAGAAUAUAAAAGCCUUGAUGACUACUGAGAAGACCAAAGGGUUUUGCCAUGUGGUAGUUUCCACAACAAUGAGAGAUGGGAUUUCUCAUCUUCUCCAGACUGCUGGACUUGGAGGAAUGAAACACAACACAGUUCUGAUGGGAUGGCCUCACAGAUGGAAGGAAUGUGACAAUCCUGUGUACUGGAAAAACUUUGUUGAAAAUGUACGAGACACAACAGCAGCACAGCUGGCUUUGCUAGUGGCUCGGAAUAUCGAUUCAUUUCCAAGCAAUCAGGAGCGGUUCAGCAGUGGGAACAUUGAUGUGUGGUGGAUCGUUCAUGACGGAGGACUGCUCAUGUUGAUUCCCUUCCUCCUUCGACAUCAUAAGGUAUGGAGGAAAUGUAAGAUGCGAAUCUUCACUGUGGCACAAAUGGAUGACAACAGCAUACAGAUGAAAAAGGACCUGCAGAUAUUCCUGUAUCAUCUGCGACUGGAUGCCGAGGUUGAAGUGGUAGAAAUGCUUGAUAAUGACAUCUCAGCUUUUACUUACGAGAAGACAUUGGUAAUGGAGCAGAGGUCUCAGAUGCUGAAACAGAUGCAGUUGUCAAAGAAUGAACGAGAGAGAGAGAUUCAGAGCAUCACUGAUGGGUCCCGUGGCUCCAUCAGAAGAAAGAAACGCCCUAGUCUACAGUCUUCUGAUCCAGAUGUGCAGGCCACGCAGCCUGAUGACAAACCUGAGGAAGAGGCCCAGUUGAUUCAUGACAGGAAUACAGCAUCCCACUCUGCCUGUCUGGAAAAGGAUGCUGAUCCAGAGAAAGUGCAUAUGACAUGGACCAAAGAUAAACUCAUAGCAGAAAAGAACAGAAACAAAGAAAUGACUGUAUCUGGAUUUAAAGAUCUGUUUAACAUGAAACCGGAGUGGGAAAAUCUGAACCAAUCAAAUGUGAGAAGGAUGCAUACUGCCGUGAAGCUUAAUGAAGUGAUUCUCGAGAAAUCCCACGAUGCACAGCUGGUGUUACUAAAUAUGCCUGGUCCUCCAAAAAGCAGGCAAGGGGAUGAAAACUAUAUGGAGUUCCUGGAAGUUUUAACAGAAAGACUUAACAGAGUGCUGCUGGUUCGAGGUGGUGGUCGUGAAGUUAUUACCAUUUACUCAUAAAGCUUAACUAUGGGGCUGUUUGUGCAACUCUGAACUGAAGACUAUUUCCAUCUUAACAUGAACAAUGCCAGUAGGUCCCAGUUUACAGUUAUGAAGUGGAUGUGUUGCUUAUGGCUUUGGAACUUUAUUUCUCCAAUGAUGAGCAACUGAAGGGACAACAGAGGUGUUUCUGAAUACUUGAAGUGAUUUACCAGCAACAAAUUCAUAUGGUUCACUGUUUCAGUACCUCCUUCUUUAAGAGGAACUUGUUUUACUUAUUUUUCCACCCAGCAACUGGAAAGUUGUGAGAUCAGUUGGUAGGACUGUUCAGUUUCCAGUAAUGCAAGACCCUAGACACAUAGGUUUAUAGCAAUCUAAACAGGUUUGAUUUUUUUUAAUAAAGAAUCCCUGAAUUGGUAUUAGAAAUCUGAAUAACCUAACAUACCAUCCAUGAUAGUAAUUGUUUUAAAUUUUUUUCUAAUUGUUGUAUGGUAAUAAGCAGUUCCUUUUACUGUUUCUUCCCCAUUUUGGUGAUGAUGAAGUUUUGAUACUGUGAUUUGAGAAAGCUAAGAACACUGCUACAUAAAUCCACAGAUCAGUGAGACAGCAUAUUUUAAUUUUGUGAGCUAUCUGUGAAGGAAUAGACAGAGGUCA